ACGUUACCAAGCUGCCCACAUAUUCCUCUCCAAUAUAACAUCUUUUCCUCGCUCCAACCGGGCAAAAAGAUAUAUUGAUAUAUUGAAUUUGCGGGCUAUUAUUUAAAAGCCUCUUUUCUCAGACAACCCAAUCGAAAGCCUUGAGGUUUCUCACGAUAGUGUUAAAACUCUUCUUUACCUAACAGCAAAAAAAAAGACAAUAAAGGUGUUUUACCAGCUUGUGUGAACUCGAACACUUUAUUCAGGUUUGUUUUCAAAGCAAUUGUACGAUUACUAUCAGUCAUAGUGUGUGUACAAAAAAAGCCAAAAGCCGCCCUAAACGGCUCUUACUCUAUGAUAAGGGUGACGAAAUCUCGUAAAAUACCGAUAUUUAUAUUCCGUUGUUUGGGUCAGUGACUGCGCACUCUUUACUUCAUCAGAAAACCAAGCCAUUGAUUAAAUCACUUCCAUCAAUUAAUUAUUUCUAAAACACCCUUUUAAGCAAAAUGUCAACGUUAUUUUGUAAAACCAGGUUGAAGCAUUAAUUAAAGUGACAAUCUUUUCAUCGAAAUUACUGUUAGCCAACUUAUUUAAUACGCUACAGGUUUUAUUGGUUUCACCUUAUUGCCUCGCUCCCUCGGGGAUAUGCGUGCUUUUCUUUUUACGAGCAGCGUGUUUGAUCGUAAUCUCGCUAGACGUGAUUUUUUACCCAAACAUACGCUUGAACAAAGGUGCCUGGCCAUAGGUUCUCAUCGAACGCCUUUUUUCGUGAAUAAGGCAUUGGUGACUUCUUCACGUUCGGCUCUUCAUUUUACUACCAACGACAAGCUGUUUGUUCACUUCGCUAUAUGGAUGUUUUUAUCGCUUCGUUUGUGGCAAAGAAAGCAGUGAACACAGGUAUUUUUUAUCGAAAUUUUGGCUUUCAUAGUAUUUGUAAUAUGUUACAUUAUUAUUAGAGGUUAUGGUUAUGAGUUUUUUUCGUUAUUUUGACGUUUAUAACUUUCUUGCAAUGUGGUAGUUUUUUUAGACAAUAGAUAUAGAAAAACGUGAGCCUUUGGGCUGAUACGAUUUUCAUUUUUAUAAUAUAUUUAAAAUGUCCCAAUUACACUAUUUUAACUGUUUAGGUGUCUUAACUAAGGAGAAAAACUUAAAAUGGAAAUUUAAUCGCGAUGCUCUUUUCCCCAUAAACUGUUCCUUUUUACAUUUUACAGUCUCUUACUCUAAUUUAUUACAAAAUAAGUAUGCUAGACACUAGACGGCAAUAUCUUUAACGUAUCUCAUCAAGGUUUCAAAAUCCCAUCGAGAUUUGAGACGCGAUUGUAAAAAGGCCCUGUAAAAAGUGUUGUUUUGGAGUGUGCGCGCGUUUGCUGCAGGCUAAGUGGCGCGAAUAUAUAAACAACCACAGGUAUCCCCUACUGCGAGGUUGUCACAAGAAGCUGUGACAUCGUGUGCUGGGGUCUGGUUACUCGGCAGAUGGAAGUGGGGCAUUUAUCGCCAUCAAAACCACUUUACGGUUGCCACAAAAGCCUUUUUCUUACUAGUCAAUUAUACAUACUAAAAUUGCAGGCCAGAAACAAGGCAGAAAUGUGAGCAUUCUUCGAAAACACAAUGAGACUUCCCCCCAGCGGGACUCGUGAGUUUGGCGAACGAUUUCAAGGCAUUACUAGUACUGGAUAACGUGUUCUACUUGGAUCGAGAUUGAAAACAAACAGAAGAAAGGACAAGUUUGAAAGGUCUCUAAGACCUCGAAACCAUGGCUGACAAAGGUUUCAACGCGACGUCUCAGAACGCCACCCAUGGACUAUACUUUCCCGCCGACAUCCAAAUCGGCCUUACCAUCUUUGCGUCACUGAUCUUCGUGGUGGCGCUUGUCGGGAACUCUAUCGUGGUAUACAUUGUAUGCUCGUGCAACCACAUGCGCAACACAACCAACAUCCUCAUCGCCAACAUGGCCGUGGCUGAUCUGUGGAUUACCUUCGAUAUCCCGUAUGUCAUCAAGUGGUUCUAUAUCACAGACACGUGGUUUGGAGGCGGGUUUGGGGAUUUCCUGUGUAAGUUCUGUCACUCGGCCCAGGCUGGCUCAGUCGCGUGCUCCGUCUUCACACUCGUUUGCAUUAGUCUGGAUCGCAGCUUCGCCAUUAUAUUCCCGAUGAAGGUGAUCUUGACCCGUAAGAUCGUCAAGUUUAUGAUUCUUGGUAUCUGGGCGGCCACCAUUGCCUUCACCACGCCCAUAUUCCUCAUCACUAAGGUCCACCUGAAGAACGGCGUCUACGUCUGUAACGAAUUAUGGGAAGAAUCGGGCCAAUCAGAGAGGCACUAUAUCGCUGUCUACACCAUUACUACCUACAUAAUCCCUUUAGCUUUAAUCCUCAUCAUGUACAUUUUCACCGGCCUAAAGCUCUGGUCCCGCAAGCCUCCUGGUCAGCGGAGUCUCCAAGCUCACAAAAAGAUCCAAUCUUCGACUCGACGUGCUACCAUUAUGCUAAUCACGGUGGUGGUGGUGUUCGCAGUCUGCUGGUUCCCAUUCCAAAUCCGUGAGCUGCUUUCCGUCUUUUACGAAGAUAACAUCAACAACAUGAUUCCUUUCAGAGUGAUGCUCUUCCUACCCUGGUUCGGCUUUGCUAACUCUGCCAUCAAUCCUAUACUCUAUGUGCUGUUUUCCGAGAACUACCGCCGCGAGUUUCGUAGAACCUUCACAACGACAGGAGCGCGCAGGCGCAGUAGUACGUCCAUCAGUCGAGGCGCCACGCUACGUACCCGGAUGUCACUUACGGGUAUUCCCCUGCAGAAGCUGAGGAACGAUAGCCUUGCGCCCAAUAAUAGCCCUUGUGACGGGGGGGACGCGAACUGCUUCCGGGACAGUAAUUCAUCUAACAAGAUGGCGUGUGUAGUAGGGUCUGUUGAGUCUGAUUCCCCGGACGCUUUUGAGCCUGAAAACAAUCUUAUUGGUUCGAAUGAGAAUUGAUCACGUGGGGUACUCGUCUCAGACUUCGUCCUGUGGGAGGCAUUGAUGGACAUGUUAUGACAAAGUCAUAUUGUCCCGUAAUACUUGCGAAAAGGAGGCAGUCCAACCAUUUCAACAACGGGACCGCGCCAUGUGAUUUUUUAUGGGACGUCAUAUUGUUCCAUAA